GCGAUGGAGGCUCCGGGCGGCGCCGCUGAGCUCCCCGAUCUGAAGGACCUGGAGAGCAAAGUCGGGCAGAAGCCCCCCGACGGGCUGCUGCGCUGGCUGCGGGAAGACCCGGCUGCUCACCUCCUCCCCGGCAGCCCCAGCCGGGGGGGGCUCUUGGGGGAGAAGAUCAAGGUGCUGAAGCUGGAACUGGCCUACUUAAGAGCAAUAGAUAUCAAGAUCCUGCAACAGUUAGUGGCUGUGAAUGAAGGUAUUGAGGCAGUCAAGUGGCUGCUAGAAGAGAAAGGAAUGCUGACCAGCCGCUGCAGCAGUCUCACCAGCAGCCAGUAUAGCCUGGUAGAGAGUCAAGAGACAUCUCGGCGAGGCAGCUGGAACAGCCUUCAGGACCCCAAUGACAAGUUGGAUAGUAUCUCCAUUGGCAGCUAUUUGGACACACUUGCUGAUGAUAUGGAUGAAUAUGGACAAGGCUCUGGUAUAGAUCCCAUGAUGACAUCCACACCAGGCAGACCAAUGGCCAGAGUUGAAAAGACUGACCCAGACCAGGCCAUUCCUACAAAGAUUUUAAGCAAAGAACUGGACAAAAGCCAAGAGGAUCAAGAGAAAGUCCAUAGUUUGGUUAAAAACCAAGGAGUCAGUGAGCAAAACAAAUCUGCGAGGCAGCCACUAGCAGUAUCCAAUGGGGUUUGGGGCAGACGAAUUCCAGAGCUGGAACAGGGCACUGAGGCUAAAUACACCUCAGCAGCUGCAGAUACACCAACCAAGGGUAGCCCAGCAACAAAGGCCUUCAGAAGCAAAACAGCUGACUUGGACAAUUGCAAGCUGAACAGCAGGCUGUAUCUGGAAUAUGAUGCCCAUUGGCAGUGGGUUCAGUCUCAAGAUGAUGUGACGUUCUUAUAGCCUGCAAGAUCUUCUGUCUAGAUUAUCAACUAUAGAUUCAGGGCCUCUUACAAAAAGUCUUUUGCACUUUUGACUUGAAGCACUCUGUUCUUGCCAAAAUGUCAGGUUUUGCUUGACCAAGUAGGCUGGGUGGAACACAAUGGGUGGCAUUGAUCUUCCUUAAAAUGUCAUUAACCUUCCAAGAAAUGGUGUCAUAUCAAGUGAUGCUACAUCUCUGAGGGAGAAGCCCUAUGGCUUGUUAUCCUCACAUCCCUUAGCUUUGUGCAAUAAUGGAAGAGUUGCCACUUUCUGUGGGAGCGGUGUGGUGGGCAAUAAAUCACACAUAGCUGUCUCUUUACAUGUAUUAAUACUCAACCACUUGAGAAGCAUGUUCACCCUUGAUGAUGAUAGAGAAUAGACCAUCAUUUGUUCUUGGAACAACAUGCUUUUUCUUUCACUUUUUUCUGGUCAUGGUAACUGAGAAUUAUUCUAGACUUUAUUAACAGUAUUUUCAUUUUCACCCAUUUCAUUAUUAGUGUAGAAGUGGAAUUAUCUCCAUUUCCAUUUGGUUUAAGGAAGGAAUGGAGGAGAGAGUUCCAGACUGCACAAUUUUGUUCACUGCAGUCACAUGAUGACCAUUCCUCCCCCUCUCUGACAAGCUUGCUAUGCCCCAGCCCUUGUCCCAAGCUUGGACCUAUAGGAUUGUUUUUGACCUUGUGCUGAACUCUAUGCACACUCUGCUUCCAGCGCUCAAUAUGAUAUCUGACAAAGCUCUGUUAUGGACCCCACAUUGUCUUCCACCUGCAACUACUGGAGAAGCAUUGGUAAUUGUGGGGAAGCAAUUAAACGUGUUCAACAUUUUUACAUCCAGAAUAAUUUUCAUGUGUGUGUCAGCCCUACACAGAGCCCAACUAAAGUAUUUUUGUUUUGUUGAAAUUAGUGAUCCAUUUAGGAGAAUUUAUGCAGCUCUGAAUAAGAACAAAAUAGGUCUAGUUUAGGGCUUGUUUCCAGUAAAGAGUAACAAUUGACAUCCUAUAAAUGUAUCACAUAUUGGAACCAACAUCAGGUUUCUAGGAAUACAUGAAAGUUGGAUAAUAAGAAUCUAGGAUUUCUAUAGCCACACAUACAUUUUUUCAACAUGGAUUCAAAUAAUUGCUCAGCUUUUCUGCACCUCAGUCUAAUCUUAUAGUGAAUGUGUCGGGGUACUUUGUAGGGGUGCUCCAUUGUCACUAUUGAAUCCUGCUUACCUUUUACUUUGGAGUACACUGAAGUAAUUUUGGUUUUGUUGAAAUUACUGAUCCAUUUAGGAGAAUUUAUGCACCUCUGAAUAAGAACAAAAUAGGUCUAGUUUAGGGCUUGUUUCCAGUAAAGAGUAACAAUUGACAUCCUAUUCACCCUAUACCUGUAAGUUAACCCAAGUGCUACUACUUUUGAAUGUUAGCUCUGUUUAUGUUUGAUAUAUUAAAAUUGCUAUGGUCAGAUAAUAAACAUGGUGGUAAAGAAUGCCACCAUAUUUGUUUUCCUAAUAGUGAUAAUUUUAAUGAAUGCUGCAGCUGAAAUACAUAAAUGGCAGCAUUCAGAGCGAACAUAGAAGUGCUUGCAACUUUUAAUAUUACAGCCUUACUUCUCUACAGUGCUUCCACUGAAUCUAUUGCACACAUUCAACUUUGGACAUUUCAAAGCAAUUUUUUUAAAGGUAUGGAAACACAUAUUCUCAUAACUUUCUCUUAAAUCUUUUUAAACCAAACCAUCCCAUCCCAUUCUGACUUUGGGCAACAUAUUCUUGCAAUGUUCUCUUUUAAAACUUUUUGUGCCAAACGAUCUUAUCUACUCCAUAUAAUUUUUCUGUGA